UUGUAUCUGACUUUCAUAUUUUUAACACAGGCCCAGGACAGACCUGGGGAUCAAGAUUCUAAACACCACGGCCAGCAAAUCUCCUCCCAGAGCCCCAACCCGUCCACUGAUGGCUCAGUCACAGACUUGACGUUAGGGUGUGGGGGACCCAAGGAUUCUGGGGCAGAUCCCACACCUGCCAAAAAACAAUUAAAAGGGCCUGCCUGGUCCGAGAGGGGUUCCUCUGAUGACCGGGCCUGCAUGCCAGUACCAUUGGUGGACAGGUUGGAAGAGACAGGAUCAGCCAGGGAGCAAACUAAGAGGACAUCGCCAAGCUCACUCAAGGGGAUAGUCGUACCGGAUGAAGUGUUGCUGAUGACUUGCAUACCAGGCAGCCAGCUCCCCCUGACUCCUUCCUCUGCAACCAGGCAUACACCGUGCUCAAGAUCCUCAGCCAAUACCGCGGCCUGGGUGUGGUCUAUCUGUUUCCAUGCCAGCGAGUGGGCGGUGCCCUGUCAGUCCAAGAGCAGAUCUGUAACAUCCAUCAGCUACAGCUUGCCGUGCCCAAUGCCCAGCAGUGUCGUUGUAUUUGGCUCACAGAUCUCCUCCUCGCAAAAUCAGACCUGGACCAGUUCAAAGGCAGGAACAUGGACGUGUGCAACAUGAAUACCCUGCUGACCAAGCUCCUGCCUGAUGAGUCCAUUCGUCAGCCUGGAGAUGUGGAGAAACAUCAGCCUGGCUCUGUCUGUUCCAAUCGAGACAUACCCCAACAAGUGAGGGAACUCUGCCUCUUUGUGACUAACCCCAGGAUGAGCCAUCGCCUGCCCCUGGAAGAGUAGUUUUCGACUCCAGAAAAGAGUAAAACUAAUUAAGAUUGAUACUGGAAUGAUAUUUGUUUUCAGAAAAACCAUCUGUUUGAGCAAGAGAAUUUGUGACUGAAGGAAAGACCCCCCAACUACCUUGAGACAAUUUGCUCGGGAACCAACUUGAAAUUUCCACCAGAAAUAUACAAUCACAAACAAAUUACCAGGUCUCUGUUACAAGUAAGAGUGGCAUACAAAUAACUUGGCUGUGACCCAGAUUACCAGAUUAAUAUGCAAGUUUGGGGAUUUUUUUCCCAUACCAGCUGUUUUUCAAUAAAACCAGACAUUAGAGGUUGGCUUUUUAUUUAAGAUGGCACCUUUAUUUGGAGCAAUAUGCAAUUUACGUCGUCAUAUUAAGCUUGUAUAGUGCCCGGUUUUAGAGAAAGAUUACAGUUGUUGCUCUUUAGGUUUAGAAGACAUAAUUUUUAUUUUUCUUUAUUUGAAAAACCUGUGUUCCAUUGAUUAAAAAAGCUUCUCUGUUCGUCAUUCAUCAUGUUCCAUAUCUUUGUCUCAGAAGUUUCCAAAAUUUGCCAAAAUAGAGUCACUUCAGUAAAGUGGCACAUUUUGGCACUUGAUCGCAACUUUCACCAAGAUUGCCAGUAAACCUUGAUAGAGGAUUGUGAUGGCUGUGGAAUGGAUAACUUACCUGCGUAUGGAAAAGAAGUAAGAAGUAAUGUGUGCUUGUAUUGUUGUGGAAAUAACAGUCCAAUGGACACAGAGUUGGUGUAAAACUCUGUCCAGUAAUGAAUGGUUGCAUACAAGAGGUUCUAGUCAUAUUGAAAUAUCAUGCCUUAUGAUUUGACAAAACUACAACCAAAGUGAAUGGUGUACAUGUUUUUAGUUUACCUAUAUUGUGUCCAAUCUACAUGUAAGCAUCUUAUCAGGACAGUAGUUAAACUUGACAAGGAACAAAACUGAUAUUUGGGAGGCAACAUGGAUGCCAAGAUGUGCAACCUGACCCAUGUAAAGCAUUGCUUUACACAUCCUCUGCAGCCAAUGUCUUUUUUCGAAUCCAAAUUUUGCAGUCGGUGUUGAAUUUGGGUUUGGAGGAUAUACGUGCAUUAUUGAGGAUGGAGUUUAUUUUUGGUGGUGAAAGAACAGUGGUUUUCUUAUUGUCAUUUGCCUCUUGCUAUCUGUGCCAUUAAUUGUUGAAAAAGGGUUCAGGUUCUGUUUAGACCUGUGCUAUUACAUGUAAAAAUAACAUUUCAGGCAAAAGGAACGUUCAUUGCUCAGAAUGUUGGCCUAAGUGAAGCUUUGUUGUUCAAAACAGGGAGCAAAGUUUUUGGCCAAAAAUUAAAAAUAAGAGUGUACAUACGACAGUGUUUUGCAGCUUUCACUCAUGUCGCCCAUGCACCUCUUCUACUCAUUUCGUGCACUCAUGACUUUUUAAGUUGAGGUUGAGUUGAGUCUGGAUACUGUAAUUUCAGCAUGUGGAAAGAUUGCCUCUUUCUGAGCUUACCUGUAAGUGAAUCUACCAAUGCAAUAGAGUAUACAGGUUGUCUUUCCAAAUGAGUUUAUAUUUUAUGGUACAGCAGCAUUUUGAAACUAUUCUUUCCCGUCCAAAAUAUUACUUUCCAAAUUGAUGUGACUGUGAAAUGUUUAUCAGUUUGCCUUCCUAGAGUAAACUACGCAUUUAUCAUUCAACAGUUGAUUUCUUUUAACCCAUAAACCGGGCUUGGUCCAACGAGAUUCUACGCAUUUGCUACUCGACAGAGUCACGUAGAGGGUUGGACAAGUCCCACAGUGCACUGAUUCCAUCGCUACAUGGUAGCACCAUGAAAAUAUUGAAGUUGGGGCUCCCUACUGCUGGCAUGUCUUCGCUGCUUGUCUUGAGAAUAAGGUCAUUUCAUACUUUCUUGUGUGCAGUUACUUGACAACAAACAAAAAUCAUUGUAAAGUUCUCACUGUAAUGAACAGUCGCUCUUAUAAAUAUACAACUGGUGUUGCUAAACAGUAGCAAUUGUUUAUGCAUUUUUGUCUAUCAAUACUGUUCAUUGGUUUUUACUUAAUUCGAUGUCAUUGUUGAGGCUGUUGUGCGUGUUGUUAAUCCCCCCUGGUUUGUCCUUUAAAAUUUUGUUUCAAUUACUUUUUCCCCUGUCAUUUUGUUCAUACGAGUUUCCUCCCAUUGUAAUGUUAUUUUAGUUGGUCAGGUACUUUGUCCUCAUGUACAUCUAAUACGUUGUUGGUUUUGAUAUUCCACACCUGUAUACAGAGACUCAUGUUGUAUUGAAGUGUUUGAUAUGCCCAGACUAAUAGCCAUUGAAGUUUAAUAAAGAAAGUUUACUUUUUAUAUUUGAAAAGAAG